AAUUAAAUGAAAAAGUGAGGUUAGAUAAAUAUAAACAAAGCACAUGAGUACAUGAGAGUCAAUAGUCAAUGAAUAAGUUUUUCAUGAUUAAAGUAAGGAAAAUAGAGUGAUGAUAUUUCAUAUAAACUGAAUUCUGUAAAUAUUAGAGACUUAUAAUGGCUCAACAAUACAAGUCUCUACAUCCUGUAAAAUACUACAGAGACUAUUUGUCACACGAAAUUCGCCCAGAUGGUAGAGAAUUUAAUAAAUUUAGACCCAUUCUACUCAACGUCGGAACAAUAGAUACAGCAGAUGGAUCAGCUAUUGCUAAAGUUGGCAAUACUACUGUAGUUUGUGGUAUUAAAGCUGAACUCUGUAAACCUAAAGCAGAUGCACCAGACAAAGGAUUUUUGGUUCCAAAUUUAGAAUUGCCUCCUCUAUGUUCCUCAAAAUUUAGGCCAGGACCACCCAGUGACCAAGCUCAAGUUCUUACACAACUCAUAGCAGAGAUCAUAGAUAAUUCCAAGUGUAUCAAUUUGAAAGAUUUAUGUAUAUGUAAUGAUAAGCUGGUUUGGUGUCUUUAUGUGGAUUUUGUUUGUCUAGAUUUUGAUGGAUCAGUAGUUGAUACAUGCCUAGUUAGUUUCUUAGGAGCAAUUAAAACUAUUACACUACCAUUUAUUGAUUAUGAUCCAGCUUUAGACAACAUACAAGUAAACUUAGAAGACAGAAAGCACAUUGAAAUAUAUAAUACCCCAGUAUCUACCACUUUUGCAGUAUUUGAUGACAAAGUGAUUUUGAAAGAUCCUACGUUAGAAGAAGAAAGUUUGUGUUCUGGUAUUUUAACUAUCGUUUUUAAAGAUGAAGAGUUGUGCUGCGUUCAUAAACCAGGAGGCAGCCCAUUAAAUCAAGAAGAAAUUCAACAAUGCAUUAAGGAAUCAAAAGAGAGAACUCCACUUAUUAAGAAUUUAAUAGAGACAGCCGUAAAAGAUUAUUCAAAGACAUAAAUACUUAUUUUGAUGUUAUAUAAUAAAGCAUUUUAUACAUA